UCGCCGCAGUGUAGUUUUUCGUGCUCCUCCUUUUCCUCCUCCUCUUUCUCCUCCUCCUCAGGGCUCCAGUCAGGCCGAUCCGCUCCGCUCACGGAAGGAAAACAGAAAUAACUUGCUGCCUUGUCUGGAGUCACAUGUACUUAGGUGACAAUUUACAGAAAGUCAUCUCUGCAGCUUGAUGGGCGACAACCCUUUUCAACCAAAAAGUAAUUCAAAAAUGGCAGAACUGUUUAUGGAAUGUGAAGAAGAGGAGCUGGAACCAUGGCAGAAGAAAGUAAAAGAAGUUGAGGAUGACGAUGAUGAUGAGCCAAUCUUUGUUGGAGAGAUAUCAAGUUCAAAACCAGCAAUUUCAAAUAUUUUGAACAGAGUUAACCCCAGCUCAUAUUCAAGGGGACUAAAGAAUGGUGCACUCAGUCGAGGUAUUACUGCUGCAUUCAAGCCUACAAGUCAACACUACACGAAUCCAACAUCAAAUCCAGUGCCUGCCUCACCAAUAAAUUUUCAUCCUGAGUCUAGAUCUUCAGAUAGUUCUGUUAUUGUUCAGCCUUUUUCUAAACCUGGUUAUAUAACAAACUCAUCACGAGUUGUGUCUAAUAAGUCAUCAGAGUUACUAUUUGACUUGACCCAGGAUACAAGAUUAUCACAUUACCAAGGGGGACCAACACUUUCUAUGGCAGGUAUGAGUGAAAGUUCAUUUUUAUCAAAACGUCCUUCUACUUCUGAAGUAAAUAAUGUUAAUCCAAAGAAGCCUAAGCCCAGCGAAAGUGUUUCUGGAGCAAAUUCCUCAGCUGUAUUACCUUCAGUUAAAUCUCCUUCAGUGACUUCUUCCCAGGCUAUGCUAGCAAAAGGUACAAAUACCUCAUCAAAUCAAUCUAAAAAUGGAACACCUUUUCCAAGAGCUUGUCCGAAGUGCAACAUUCAUUUCAAUCUUUUGGAUCCUUUGAAAAAUCACAUGAAGUAUUGUUGUCCAGACAUGAUAAAUAACUUUUUGGGACUGGCUAAAACAGAAUUUUCAAGUACAGUAAAUAAAAACACAACUAUUGAUUCAGAGAAAGGAAAAUUGAUCAUGUUAGUUAAUGACUUUUAUUAUGGAAAACAUGAAGGAGAUGUCCAGGAAGAACAGAAGACUCACACAACCUUUAAAUGCUUCAGUUGCUUGAAAAUUCUAAAAAAUAACAUUAGGUUUAUGAACCACAUGAAACACCAUUUGGAACUUGAGAAGCAGAGCAGUGAGAGCUGGGAAAACCAUACCACCUGCCAGCACUGCUACCGUCAGUUUCCCACACCAUUUCAGUUGCAGUGUCACAUCGAAAGUACACAUACACCCCAUGAAUUUUCUACUAUUUGUAAAAUCUGUGAACUGUCAUUUGAAACAGAACAUGUUCUUUUACAACAUAUGAAGGACAAUCAUAAACCUGGUGAAAUGCCAUAUGUCUGCCAGGUUUGCAAUUAUAGAUCAUCAUCAUUUUCUGAUGUAGAAACUCAUUUUAGAACAUCCCAUGAAAACACUAAGAACUUGCUAUGCCCGUUUUGCCUCAAAGUUAUUAAAAUUGCAACACCAUAUAUGCAUCAUUAUAUGAAGCAUCAGAAAAAAGGAAUACAUCGUUGUACAAAAUGCAGGCUGCAGUUUUUGACAUGCAAGGAGAAAAUGGAUCAUAAGACUCAACACCAUCGAACAUUUAUAAAACCUAAACAACUAGAAGGAUUGCCUCCUGGAACAAAAGUUACUAUUCGAGCUUCAGUUGGACCUCUGCAAUCAGGAGCUUCACCUACACCUUCCAUUAGUGCAAGUGCUUCUACCCUUCAGCUCUCACCUCCAAGGACUAAAAAUAUAACUGCUAAAAAUCCUGCAAAAUCUAAUACAAGUAAACCUAAUACAAUCAAAUCCAACGCAAGUAAACCUAAUACAAGUAAGCCUAAUGGAAGUAAAUCUAAAUACAAACCAAACAUCUCUAAUAUGCAAAAGAAACAAAGCACAUUGGCUAGUAGCAAUAAAAAAAGUAAAGUCAAUACAGCAUUGAGGAAUUUAAGGUAUCGUCGGGGCAUUCACAAAUGCAUUGAGUGUUGUUCCGAAAUAAAAGAUUUUGCAAACCACUUUCCUACGUACGUCCACUGUAGUUUUUGCAGAUACAACACUAGCUGUAGCAAAGCCUAUGUAAAUCAUAUGAUGAGCUUUCAUAGUAACCGUCCAAGCAAAAGGUUUUGUAUUUUUAAGAAGCAUUCAGAAAAUCUCAGGGGCAUUACUCUAGUGUGCCUUAAUUGUGAUUUCCUAAGUGAUGUUUCUGGCUUAGAUAAUAUGGCUACACACUUAAGUCGACAUAAAACUCACACUUGCCAAGUGGUAAUGCAGAAAGUUUCUGUUUGUAUUCCAACUUCUGAGCACCUUUCUGAUUCUUCCCCUCACCCCAUGGUAUGUUUAUAGUGUGAAUGAAACCUCAAAGGAACAUACUACUGGAGGUGAGCCAGAAUGUUAAAUUUUGUAUGGAUUGGCUGGGCAUGGUGGCUCAUGCCUGUAAUCCCAGCACUUUGGAAGGCCAAGGUGGGUGGAUCACCUGAGGUCAGGAGUUCGAGACCAGCCUGACCAAUAUGAUGAAACCCCAUGUCUACUAAAAAUACAAAAAUUAGCCAGGCAUGGUGGCAUGUGCCUGUAAUCCCAGCUACUGGGGAGGCUGAGACAAGAGAAUCGCUUGAACCUGGGAGGUAGAGGUUGCAGUGAGCCGAGAUCUUGCCAUUGCACUCCAGCCUGGGCAACAAGAACGAAACUCCGUCUACAAAACAAAACAAAAAUUUUGUAUGGAUUGCUCCUAAGACCUGCAGAAAAAUGCAAAUAGGGUCAUUUUAGUGUUUAGAGGGAAAAGCUUGUCCUGUAGAAAUACAUCAGAAAGAUCUAUUUCAGCAGGUUUUCAUAGAGGGGAAAAGUUAUUUCUUGUAAUCUUGAUCACUAAUGAUGUUGAAAUUGAUCACCAGUCAGUCAUUCUGUUCUCUUUGCAUUGAAAUUUUAAAUAGUGUUUGCUAUAAAUACUACACUGUAUUUUUCUAUUAAAAAUUAUUGUAACAUUCACAGGUGAAAAGUAUAAUUAUCUAAUGGUGGGUCAUUAGCUCAGAACUUUGAGCUUAGCAAAUUUCCUGUCUUCUACCAAAGUAAUUGAAUGUCUAAAAUAAUGACUAUUUCAGCAGGUCUCUUUAGUAAAUAAGAAUUAUAGGUAAGAAAAUUUUUCUUUUCUAAAAGUGUUAAUGAUGUGUUAGUAGUAUUAGUCUUAAAGUAUACUUUUGUAGUUCAAAAUUUGAGUGUACAUUUUAGUGAUGCAUUUUAUAAUUUAAAAUUUACUGUGUGCUUUUCUAAAUAUUUUUAAGAUUUAUUUUUCUAAAUGUGUUCACUAGUUAUUAUGAUUCUGUUCCUUAAAGAGAGUGCUAAUAUGGUAAAAGGCACAAAACAAGAUUGAAAUCAUAGGCCUCUUAAUGCAAGUUAUUUCAAUAACUUACUUUGUUCUCACCUACCAGUUUCCUGCCAGUACAAUAAAGAGUAAUAAAAACCUCUGUCACCAACCUCCAUUGCAGAGAUAGCAAGAGGACUGUGUUUCCUCUGUUGAAAUGCCAGCAAUAAUGAACAUACUUAACGGGGCUCAUUUUAAUAGCUGCAUACAAUUAAUUUAUUAUAAUAGGCAUAUGCUAAAAUGAUUAGCAUGGUAAUAUUUCUUUUAUAAGAAUAUAAAAGGUCUUACUUUUAUAACAUUUACAAUGAUGAGCUGAGGGAGAAAAAUCUUUCAUGAAAUAUUUAAAUUGUUCUGUGACCAAUUUGUUUUUCAAACUGAAUUUAAAAUAACUAAAUGCUUAGAAAUAAAAAUGAGUUGUAAUAUACACAUUUAUUUCAAAACUUCAUUAAUUUGCUUUUUCAUGCUUUUUGCUUUUUUAGACUAAUGUUUCAUGUUUUCUUACUACUUCAUAACUAAUUUUAUUCUUAAAACUUAUUUUCCUUUAUACUGCAUUAAAGCAGUGAAGUUAUACUGUAUACUUGAUGUGAUCUCAUCUUUAUAAGUAUUGUGCACAAUUAAAUACUUGAGACAAUUACAAAAUCUUUAACCCCCAAAAUGAUUGACGUUUGUGUCUUUUGUCAAUUUUUUGUGCAAGUUUUAUUCAUUUCAAUUGGCUUAACAAGUUGGUUGUAAAUUAUUGUAGUGCACUGCCAAUAUAGUGGUUUUACAAAGGACAUAAUCUAUUUUAAGUAGCAGUUUUGCCUAAUAGCUAAAGUACAGAUAAGUAAUUUCAUACAGUUAAUUAUUAAUAUUUAACAAAGUAUAAACAUUUAUAGCCCUAAUUUUUCAAAUAUGCCCUCAAAGGAUGGAUGAAGAAGGAGGGUUUUGCCAACUCUGUUUCAUUGAUUAGCCGUGAGAGUAGCUUUUAGGAUGGUUGACAUUUCUAUCCUAUUAGAUAUCUUUUUUUUGGUCAAUGAAAUUUAAGAUAAUAUAGUUGCUGCUUAUGUUAAACAUGUUAUUCCUUAGGUAUAGCUAUUAAGCCUUCAUAAAAUUAUGUAUAACUUAACUCUUGAUUAAUGACAUUUCAGAUCAGGUAGGUACCCUACUUACACAGAUUAAAAUUGAGUUUAAUAUAUAAUAUCACAAAUAAUAUUUAGUCAUUUCUGCAGCUUCUAAAACAAAGAUCCUUUGGAUAAGCUAGCUCUUAGAUUAAAUUGAUUAUUUUACAAGAUUUUCUGGAUGGCAUAUACCUUUGUUAAUGUUUUAAUAAGUUAUAAUUAAUAUUUUUAGAAAUCAAGAAGUUUUAAUAUUUGAGCAGUGCUUAUGGAGGUUUUAAAGAGAAUAUAUUCCUCAAAAUUCUAAUUACUUCUGUGAUUUUACUGCCUCCAGAGUAAGUUGACUAUAAUAUAUAUGUAAACGGCAUUAUCAUGUUGAAUUUCACAAUAGAUAAAAUAUUUAUCUUUUUUCACUUUUUAAGUCCUGUAAUCGUAAAUACUGAGGCAUAUUACUUAUAUAAGCAUAUAACCUGCUUUUAAUUUUUAAAGAGUAAUUCUUGUUUUACUAAUGUGUAUGUCUUUUAUUUUAAAUUGUACUUAGCAAAGAGAACAUUUCUUAAAUGCCCUUGUUUUUAGAGAACAAGGAAAUAAAUGUCUUUAUUGAUUUAGCACAUUUAUUGAAUCUACUAUUUAGUCUCAUACAUUUAACUUUUACCUUAAAACAUUUACAGAGGUCAAUUUACUAUUAAAGUAUAAAAUGUACAUUAGUUUCGAUCUACAUUUUAAUUAUUUUAGGCUGGCAGAGAAAGAACUGUUUCAUAUUUUACCAUCGUACAUAUAAAAUAAAAUAUUCAAUACUUAUCUUGUUUUCAAGAUUAAAAAAAGAAGCUCCCACAAAGGAACAAGAACCUGUGUCUA